AUGCUGCUCAGGAAGGGCGGCCCAAUCCCGUGGGCCAUAUUAUUUUUGGUGGUCCAAGGUGCUCUGGCUCAAGAUUUGGAUGUCCAAGACCCUGAUUCCACCCCAAUCCCAUCUCCCUCCAGAUCUUCCGGUCAUUCAGAGGUCGAUUUGGUGGGCCAAGUAACCGAAUUCGAUGAAUUAACCACUACGGCAGUCCCCAAAACAUAGUAAGUAGUCAUGUUGCAGUAGACAAAGAAAUGUGAUUGCAGUGCUGGUUCUUAUAUCAUCAUCGCCCCGAAGAUUGCUCGUCCUGGAUUGCCCUACUCCGUCUCCGUGAAUAUCCUCAAAUCCCUAGAAGAGGAUCAUAUUGUGAGAGUGGAGAUCAGGAACUCCAAGAAUGAAACGUUUGGGGCUAGAGUUGUGAAUAAUGUGAAGACAGGGGUCCCUCAGACAGUUUCCAUCGAGAAUUUGAGUAAGGACGGACUCUUGGAAGGGGAAGAAUACAAAGUGUAUGUGAGGGCAGAGAAUCUGGCUUCCAGAAUCAUCUUCGAAGACGAGAAACCCAUCGAAUUCUCCGGAAAAUUCUUGAGUGGAUUCGUUCAGACCGAUAAGGCUAUCUACAAGCCUGGAGCUACUGGUAAGAACGCUUCAAUUAUCAUUGGGGGUUUUAACUGUUGUACCUACGAUAGCGAUAAAAUACGUUAAAAAUUUUUAUCAAAACAUAUAGGACAUUCCCGGAAUUUGGACACUUCCGGAAUGGCGGAAUAGUGACACUUCCGGAAUAGCGGAAAAAUGACACUUCCGGAACCGGGAAAAAAUCAAAGAUAAGGCUUAGACCUAUCACCUGAAUAGAUUGACCGUUAUUAAUUUCGGGUUUUUUUUCUGGUUGUUACUUUUUUCUUAUGUAGUAGUGUUAAAAAGUAUUUUUUUGAAAAUUUUCCAAAAAAUUACUUUUUAACACUACUACUUAAGAAAAAAGUAACAAUCAGAAAAAAUGAAGUUGAUUUUCGAAACAAGCAACCUCGGAAACCCCUAAAUCCAGCAUUUUUAGAAAAUUUUCAAAAAGUUACUUUUUAACAUUACUACAUAAGAAAAAAGUAACAACCAGAAAAAACCCGAAGUUAAUAACGGUCAAUCUAUUCAGAUGAUAGGCCUCAGCCUUAUCUUUGAGUUUUUCUCGGUUCCGGAAUUGUCACUUUUCCACUAUUCCGGAAGUGUCACUAUUUCGCCAUUCCGGAAAUGUCGUGGUGCCAUGAACAUAGUGUGCGAUUUGUGAUUUGCAGAAAUUGCCGCAAAUUUUUCAGGGAAAUUUGUCGCAUUUCUAAUAUAAAAUUUUAAGUCUUCUACCGAGUCGUUGUGGUCACCCCCGAUCUAAAGCCUUACAAGGGAAAGAUCACUUUGAAGAUCCAAGACCCGGCCCAAAAUGUGAUCAACCAAUUGGAAGACAAGGUCCUGGUCAAAGGAGUCUUCUCCAAUCAACUUGAACUUGCUUCCGAUCCCCCUCUUGGAGAAUGGAUGAUGAUUGUGGAAACCGAAUCCGGAAUGAAAUUUGAAAAAGGAUUCACGGUCGAGAAAUACGUCCUUCCCAAAUUCGAGGUGAAUAUCAGAACUCCCAGUUUCAUCACCGUUAAUGACGACUUGUCGGUUCUGAUUGAUGCCAAGUACGUAAUAAGAAUAUUUACAUUAUUCUUUAGAUACACUUAUGGAAAAGGAGUUUCCGGAAAAGCGAAGGUGAUUCUGGAGUUGCCCUUCAAUCGUUGGCACCACACUCUUCCAGUACUGCUUAAUGACGAGAAAGUAAAAGAGAAUGUGGAAACGCAACAAGAGAGUACAAUUGAGAGGACGGUCAAGUUAAAUAGCAUGGGAGAGGCUACUGUAGUCUUCACCAAUGAAGAAUUGAGGAAACAUAAAUUGGUCAUGGAUUACGGAGGAAGCACUGUCAGAAUUCUGGCUACUGUAACUGAAGAUCUAACUGAUAUUCAACGAAAUGGAACUGCUCAGGUGAAAUACCCUACAGAUGUUUAAGAUUGCGUCAAAUAUUACAUAGUACCCAUAAUUUUUUUUUCAGAUCGUCGCCUAUCGUCAUGACGUGCAAUUGGAAGUCGAGAAACAAGGAGAUAACUUCAAACCCGGCCUCAGCUACAACGUCAUCGUGGCCUUGAAGCAGAUGGAUAGCACUCCCGUUAAGGCGAAUGUCCCCAGACGAGUGCAAGUCACCACUUUCUAUGAUUAUCCUUAUGAUCCAAGUGCUUCGAACCAACAUGAAGAUAAGGACGUCAAAGUAAGUCCGCUCUUCCAUGUUCUGAUAUCUCUUUUAGGUACUUGAUCUUGACGCUCACGGCACCUAUGUGCUGACUCUGCAACCUCCAAUUAAUUGCACCUCAGCCCGGAUCGAAGCUCAUUAUGAUCGAGAAGGGAAAGAUAACUUCACAAACGCUCUCAUCUACACUUCUUUAUAUGUGGAUGCCGCUAAAUCCCCUUCAAAUUCAUUUAUCCAAUUGCUGGUUGAUAAUGAAGGAGCUGUCGAAGCGGGCAAAACCCUUUCUUUCUCAGUCAAAUCAACAGAAACUCUCCAAACAAUCUCUUAUCAAGUUAUUGCCCGAGGCAGUAUUGUCCUUAGCCAAGAGCAAUCCAUGAAUGGGGAUCUGGUUACUGUAACGUUUACCACAACUCCUCAGAUGGCUCCCAGCGCUCGUUUGGUGGUCUAUGCCAUCCGCCCUGAUAACAAAGAAGUAUUGGUGGAUGCUAUGGACUUCAAGGUGGAAGGUCUUUUCAGAAAUGAUGUAAGUGUAAGAUCCAUUAAUAAUUACAACAUACAGGUAACCCUGAACAUUGACAAACAAUUGGCCGAGCCAGGAGAGAGUGUUAAGUUCACUGUAAAGGCGGAUUCCGAUUCCUAUGUCGGUCUAUUGGCCGUGGAUCAAAGCGUUCUUCUUCUUAAAUCUGGUAAUGAUAUCACCAAAGAUAUGGUUGAACAAGACAUCCAAGAGUACGACACAACCAGAGCCGGUGGUUACAGAUAUUGGGAAUCAGAUGCCUUCGGCCCUAGAAAAAAGAGAUCUGUUUGGUAUCCUUGGUGGGGAGUUGGGGGCAAGGAUUCCAAGUCCAUCUUUGAGGUAGGCAUACAUAGAACAAUAUUUUAUUGUUUAGAAUGCUGGAUUGGUUGUAUUAACCGACACUUUCCUUUUCCAUGAGCCCGAACCCAUCCGUAAGUAUUCACUUUUCUUCGUAUUUGGUUGCUUUUGCUUUUUAACUUUGGUCUUCUGAAUUCUGGUGGUUUCUUUUUGAUGUCUGAAUAACGAAUCUCUUACUAACCUCAGGACUCUACCGUACCAUGAAUUCGAAUGGCCUCGUCAAUCGGAUUCUGGAGUUGGAGAAGAGCGCGAGAGUUUUGGUUCGACGGAAGUUCCCGGAAACAUUCAUCUUCACCGAUCCCAACUUCACUUCAAGGUAGGAGGGCUUUGGCUAGUUUUUUUAACAAAAUAACUUCAGUAUUAAAAUAACAAAACAGACACUAAACCUGCUAGCGAGAACUUUCGUUACAAAUUUAUGUUGAUUAAAUUGUCUAACGUCCGUUAUUUUACAUUCCCAAUUGUAAUCCAAAAGUCUCUCCAAUCACAGCUUUUAUUUGACUGCUUCCUAACUACUAAUACGUGACGAGAUUGUAAUAACCGAGACUGUAGGGCUUCUGGAGCAAUCGCUUCAAGCAGCGCCCAACGCGGCGGUCUUCUUUGAUGCACGCUCAGCACAAGAUAAUGUGAUCCAGGUGAGGAAGGACUUCCCCGAGACCUGGAUCUGGGCCGAAACCUUGGCCACGGGACAAAAGUAAGUUAACGAUGGAAAAAGAUGCAGAUUAUCUGAGCCAUCUGUAAUGGAGUCAUCGGGAAAUCAUUGCUUUCACUCCCCAUCCCCAUAUCUAAUCUUAAACAAUCAUGAUGUAACAAGUCCCGUUUCCUUGUAACGUCUUAUUCCACCAAGAUUCAGAAGGUCCAAGGAUCUAACAUUUUCUGAUUCCCCCACUUUUCUAGGCAAGAGAUUCCGUAAUCUUAAAAAGAUCGGUUUAGCUGCAGCCAGUGCGAAUCUGGCCGUCACCAAGAUCUUCGAGAAUCCGAUGAUCAAAGUCCGCAGAGAGUUCCCGGAGACCUUUAUUUGGACCAAUCUCACAAGGUUAAAUUUCGCUUUCUACCAUUUUACGCGUAUUUUUUGAGGGUCCGUUGUGUGCGAGAAGUCUAACUUUAGAAAUUACAUUAUUGUGUCUAGUUAAGAGCAUUCUUUAGGGAUGUAUUCACCACGAAUGCCUGAAUUACAGUUUAUGGUUGAUCGGGCAUCUAUUACGUCAUCAGAUUUUGCAGAAAAAGUUGUUGCGGAAGCAGAAGUCAGUAGCCCUUCACCAAAACCACAAGUCUUGCCUCAAGUGAGACGUCUCUUUCCCGAAACCUGGUUGUGGCAAUCUCUGACAACGUGAGAGAGUCUGAUAUAGCCGUUGCGACCUCGUAUAUUUUUUUAGUCAUCGAAAUUAGAUUGUAUCUGAAAUAAUUUAUCGUCACUAGAAGAAAAAAUUCUGGAUGUAAAGCCUACAAAUAACAGAGCUGUAAUUUAUAUGUUUCAGCGAGACGGGAGAGGCAGUGUAUCAAGCUACAGUACCUGAUACAAUCACUUCUUGGGUGGCCUCUGCCUUUGCUAUUAGUGAUCAAAGUGGACUCGGAGUCUCACCAAAUACUGCGAAGGUAAACAAAUAGAUCCAAAGCAAAGUUCUGUUAAAACGCACUUCGCGAGCUGUGGAAGGCUGCCCUAGAAAUUGACCCCCACUUUUUUUUGUCUUAACUGAUGACAUAUAGGAUGCUAAAGAACUCGGUGAAUUUUUUUCUAAAAAUUCGUCAUCAUGACCGAGAUAUGACGUAUUUAUUGAAUUUCGUUUAAUGUGGUAUAUUGUACUGAUUUAUCGCCGAAACAUCUCAGAGCUGUGUAUAUAUACGUUAUUGGCCAUGCUGAACAACUUUGUAAUUGACCCGAAGUUUGUCAGGUUACUGUAACAUACCGUAACGCCCAUGCUAAAUCAAAAAAUCUCGAUUUUCUCGAUUUUUUUCAAUAAUUUUCUCGGAUUUUUUUUCAUUUUUGGAAUCAGCAUCAAAUUCUGCAUCGGAUAGGCUAUAUCCGCAUCUCCAGAUAGGUGUACAAAAAUGUCGUGGCGCAACCGGUAGUGGGUCGGACUACCAUUCAAAAGGUCCCGGGUUCGAGUCCGGGUGGAAGCAUAAAUGCUCAAACGCGCUGGAAAUUCUCCCAAAACAGUUGUAAUGGAUUGGAACUAUGUUAAAAAUAAAUAAUAAUUAACGUUUUUCCCUUAAAAGGCUAAAUUUUGGAUUUUACGAAAUUUUUGAAAAUCAUGAUUUUUGUGGGCCCAAAUCUGCCGAAGGAAUAAAAAUUUUUUGUUUGCGAUUUUUUUGUUUAGAAACAACACAGGUCAUAUAGAAAGACUAUUCCUCAGAGGAUUUCGUUCAAUUUUGCCCAAGACACCAAAAAAUUUUCGUAUUUUGUCAUUUGACAAAAAAUUGAAAUUAUGAUUUUCAGACGUUCCUACGCGGAAACGUUUCCAAUUUUUCUAGAGCAGUUUUUUGCGCUGCCUUUAAAUAGUUUUCUGACAGCCGCGAAAAUUUUCCACAAAAAAUUUUACAUUAUAAAAUUUGUAGAUAUUCACAUAUUUCAUGAUGUUACAGUGUUCAAUCUUGUAAAAUUUGGUAAAAAUUCGACUCCCCAUAGUGAAAAACAUGUGUAUCCACGUUUGAAUGACGUCACUUCGGCUUACUGGGUUCUCACGGGGCUCUCCGAUUAAAACGAAAAGGUGCAAGUUUUUGGUGUUUUGGGCAAAAUUGAGCGAAAUCCUCUGAGGAAUAGUCUUUAUAUAUGCCCUGUGUUGUUUCUAAACAAAAAAAUCGCUAACAAAAAAUUUUUAUUUCUUCGGCAGAUUUGGGCCCACAAAAAUCAUGAUUUCCAAAAAUUUCGUAAAAUCCAAAAUUUUGCCUUUUUAUAGAAAAACGUUAAUUAUUAUUUAUUUUUAACAUAGUUCCAAUCCAUUACAACUGUUUUGGGAGAAUUUCCAGCGCGUUUGAGCAUUUAUGCUUCCACCCGGACUCGAACCCGGGACCUUUUGAAUGGUAGUCCGACCCACUACCGGUUGCGCCACGACAUUUUUGUACACCUAUCUGGAGAUGCGGAUAUAGCCUAUCCGAUGCAGAAUUUGAUGCUGAUUCCAAAAAUGAAAAAAAAAUCCGAGAAAAUUAUUGAAAAAAAUCGAGAAAAUCGAGAUUUUUUGAUUGAACAUGGGCGUUACGGUAUGUUACAGUAACCUGACAAACUUCGGGUCAAUUACAAAGUUGUUCAGCAUGGCCAAUAACGUAUAUAUACACAGCUCUGAGAUGUUUCGGCGAUAAAUCAGUACAAUAUACCACAUUAAACAAAAUUCAAUAAAUACGUCAUAUCUCGGUCAUGAUGACGAAUUUUUCGAAAAAAAUUCACCAAGUUCUUUACCAUCCUAUAUGUCAUCAGUUAAGACAAAAAAAAGUGGGGGUCAAUUUCUAGGGCAGACCCCCAUUUGAGCCUGCUUCAGCAACUCGCGAAGUGCGUUUUAAUUUUAGCUGAAGGUAUUCCGACCCUUCUUCAUUCGCCUGAAUCUUCCGUACUCAGUGAAACGAGGAGAGAAAUUCGCCCUCCAAGUUCUAGUAUUCAAUUAUUUGGAAUCCGAGCAGGACGUAAGAUUCUAAAAUCUUCAUAAUAAUUAGUCAUAUACAGGGUGCGGGAAAAAUGCAAACAUGUUUAUAGCUAUCUUUUUUUGAACCACAGGUAGCACCUGUAAAAAAUUUUUCACUUGCUUUAAUUAAUCGAUAUGGACAAAAAAUGAAAGACCUAUGACAGAAACGCACGGAGAAUUUACAAGAAAUAGUACAAGAAUCAUUUGGCUGUACGUAAAACUUCUUACGUCAGGAUCAUGAAAAAAGUUUCCAUUUUUUGCCGCAUCCUGUACAUGAAGAUAUUAUCAUCAAUUUAGGUUGCGGUCACACUGAAACGAAAUGCGGCUUCUGGUUUCAAUUUCUUGGAGAAAGAUAGCUCAGGAUUAGAGAAGAAGGAUCAGAGUGAUAAAGCCAGUAAUGUCGCCUAUGUCUCUGUGCCCGGAGGAGGAAUUUCCAAGGCCGUUUACUUCCCAAUUGUCCUCACUGAGAUCGGCCAAAUCAAACUCCAUGUGGUCGCCCAAGCUGAUCAUGCCGCUGAUGCGGUUGAGGAACUCUUAACCGUGGAACCGGAGGGAUAUCGAGUGGAUAGGAACGUCCCCAUGGCCAUUGAUCUCUCGGCAAAUGGAACUGUUCAGAAGACCAUCAAAAUGGACUUCCCAUCUGAUGCCAUUGAGGGAUCAAAGAAAGCCAGAAUUGAUGUCAUCGGUGACAUUAUGGGACCGGUUCUUAGUAAUCUUGACAAGCUGGUUAGAAUGCCGUUCGGAUGUGGAGAACAGAACAUGCUCAACUUUGUUCCCAACAUUGUAGUUCUCAGGUAUCUGAGAGCCACUCAGAAGAAUUCUCCAGCGAUGGAAACAAAGCUGGCUCGUUUCAUUGAAGCUGGAUAUCAACGGGAGUUGACAUACAAGUAAGUUUAUCAGACUCGCUGCAUUAUGACUGACAAUACUUUUUGUGUACAAUGUCAUUUUCAGGAGGGAUGACAAUUCAUUCUCAGCUUUUGGCCAGUCUGACAACCAUGGAUCCACCUGGCUCACAGCAUUUGUUGUCCGCUCCUUCAAACAAGCUCAGCCUUAUGUCUACAUUCAAAAUGAAAUCCUUCAACAAGCGAUUGCUUUCCUCAAUUCUCAACAAAAUCAGGAAAACGGAGCAUUCGCAGAGAGAGGAGAAGUCCAUCACAAAGAUAUGCAAGGAGGAGCUGCUGAUGGAGGAUAUCCAUUGACUGCUUAUGUUACAGUAGCCCUAUUAGAGAACAAUAUCAAGAACGAGAAGGCUAUCACUUAUUUGGAACAGCAUUUACAAGAUGUAAAAGAAGAUCCCUAUGCUCUGGCUGUCGCUGCUUAUGCCUUACAUUUGGCAGAUAGCGCAAAGAAAGACGAGGCGUUUGAAAUGAUGGAAAGUCUCAAAAUCGAAGAGUCCGGUGGGUUAAGCUAUCUUGAAAAUAUUAAUUUUUGAACAAGAUAACAGUCUUGAUUUACAGACGGUUCAUCCCAUUGGGCAUUGGCCCCUCAGAGUUCUCGAAAAGCCAGAGAUACCACCAAAUAUUUCUACCAAGCCCGCCCUGUCGAUGUAGAGAUGACUGCUUAUUCUCUUCUCACUUAUAUGUUGAGAAAUGAGAUGAACAAGGCACUGCCAUUGGUCAGAUGGCUGACUUCUCAACGAAACAGUCAAGGAGGAUUCAGCUCAACUCAGGACACCGUCAUGGCUCUUCAGGCAAUGGGAUCGUAUGCUGAAAAGGCCUACACUAACGACUUUUCCUUGCAAUUGUCCCUGGCAAAUGGUCCUGAUCUACAGAACUUCACCAUCUCAUCAGAUAACUCAAUGGUUCUACAAUCGUACGAGCUGAUCAACUUCGAUGAACCGAUUGAAUUGGAAGCUAAUGGAAAUGGAAUGGCUUUUAUCCAAGUUCAAUUUUCCUACCACAGACAAGUCUUCAAGGAGGACGUUCCAUUCUAUUGUAGUAAAGAUCUAAGAGAAGUUAGAGGAGGAAAUAGAAUGCAAUUGGAAUUGUGCUGUAACUACACCCGUCCCAAUUCCAGAUCAAAUAUGGCUGUAGCCGAGAUUGAAGCCCUAAGUGGAUAUAAGUUCGACAAUGAGGAGAUGAACAAGUUGACCUCCAUCAAGGACCUUCAAAGAGUCGAACUGGAGAAGGAUGACACCCGAAUGAAUAUCUACUUUAAUCCUAUUGGAGAUGUUCCUGUGUGCCUGUCUCUGUACUCAGAUAUGGUAUAUCAAAUCGCUGAUCAAAAACCGGCUCAGAUUUCGCUAUUCGAUUACUAUGACCCCGAACUUCAAGUAAGUGUAAUACGCAUAAAAGCAACUGAUUGAUAUCACUCUAGAUGAAGACCACUUAUGCUGUCCGUCAAAGCCGUUCUCUUCAGGACUCUUGUCCCGAUUGUUGGCCAUCUGAAGAAGAUUCGCGCUCUCAAUCGCUGAAUCGCCAGAGCUUUGCCUCCCGUACAAACGGUACUGGGAUUCUCUGGGUUUCGUCCUCGGUCCUCGUAUUCCUUUUGGUCUCAAUGUUAAUGUAAUCCUUGGCCAUUCGUCUGUCUGUAGGGUAUUUAUGUACAUUCUUGUUUUGUUUUCUCUACUCACAAUGUCUUCUCGACAUUGUACUUGUCCUUGUGCUCAUUAUUUUCAAACAUUUUUAUGUCAAAUGUGACAUCUGUUGUUUGGAUUUGUUGGUACUGUCCGAGACAGUACUUUUUCUCGUCGAUUGCAGUGCCAUGAACUGAUCUUUGACAUGGAAAAAGAAUUUCAGACACUAGAUGA